CUUAGCUGCCAUUGUGCCGAGACGCCACUUCCGAAGCAUCAAAUUCAAUUCUUCGAUUUUCGUGCCGCCACUUUUUAUCGCGACAAAAUUCGGCCGUGGCAACGAGAACCGAAGGGCCACCGGGCGGCGUGCAGUGGUGCCGACGGGGAACCAGUAAAGCCCGCCAAUAUCGUACCUCGUGCACGAUUCCGAGGAUCGUGUGUAUUCUUCCUGCCCGAACCGUCUUUAGAAUUCCGCGGAGGUUAGGUUAGGACAUUGCUUCCGUGGAUAUCGGCCGAUCGGCCGCCUCGCAGAGCGUACACGAAUCUUUUGUCGCGCGUUCCCGUGACGAUCGCGUUCCUACCGGUGUUUGUCCGGCUAUGUUGUGUGGGAUCGCGUCGUUCCCGCUCGGAAGACGGUGAUUUUGUGGGAAAAAAACGAGGGAAUCCACGAGAGAGAGAGAGCGAUGCCCCGGUGUACGUGAAUCGCGGGAUGAUCGGACGGAGAUUUUGAGUCGCCGCGUUUGAGAGAAUGGAAGCCAUGGACUUGGACGGGGAUGCAGUGGUGGAUCUGAGUGUUAGCAGCAGUGGCAGAAGAAACUCUUUGUCAAUCACUGUUAACUCUGGUGAUGUAGGAGUUCCAUUAGAUUUAGGUCUUCAUUCUUCUUCGAGUCCUAAUCUGGAUAACAAUAUGCCAGAAGCACGAAAUAUACAAAAUGCAACAAGGGGAAUCCUGGCUCCAAAGUCUGGAGAUGAUAGGAAAACACGCCGUAAUCUUAGACCUAGAAUUGAAAUAAGUUAUGCAGAGACUCCAGAUGAACGUAGAAUAAAUGGCUACGUGAAUGGAAAUGCAGAUAGUGAUGAAGGUGAUAUGCCACCUCUGCCUCCAAUUAAGGAGCUAUCAUCCGAUGAAUUAGCUGAACGUGAAAGGACACUUAGGAAAUUAAGGGAGGAACUUAGAUCUGAGGAAAUGAAGUUAGUGUUGUUGAAGAAAUUACGGCAGUCACAACAAUUGAAAGAAAAUAUUGCUGCUGUACCAAAAGUACCCAGUAAAUUGCCUCCACCGGUUACAGUACAACAAACUCCCCAUAGUCAUAGAACAGGAAAGGCACCACCACCUUUACUUAGGGGACAACCUGCACCAAGCAGGAGUAGUAUACAUGCUCCACCACCUGGAAUGUUACUACCACCUACAGCUGCCCGAAGUUCGACUUCCAGUACUGGAAUUCUACCAAAUAUGAUCAUACCACAACCACCGCACUCUAGGGGCAGGCCACCUAGUGCAACACCAAAUGUAUCAAAUUAUCAUGCACCAGCAGAUCGAACAGAGAGGUCCACAAAAGAUCCAACUCCUACUCCGGCACAUCAAGUAAGUAAGCUGCUUGUCGGAUCUCAAGAAAAUAAAACCACCGCAUCCUUAAGCACACCUGUGAUUUCAGAACAGGAAAGACCGAGGGAUGAUAAUCAGACACCUGCGCAACGUCAAGCGGCUGCUAAAUUGGCUUUGAGAAAGCAACUCGAGAAGACGUUGCUACAAAUACCGCCUCCGAAACCACCGCCACCCGAGAUGCAUUUCGUACCUAAUCCCUCCAAUACGGAGUUCAUUUAUUUGGUGGGUCUGGAGCACGUAGUUGAUUUUAUUACUAAAGAGCCUGCUAUUCCGCCACCUCCAGAGCCAUUUGAAUGUACCCAAUGUAAAACGGACUUCACGCCUGUGUGGAAGUGGGAGAAGCCAAUCACUGGUGGUAAAAAAGAAGGUCCAAGAGGACAGCAUGCAACUUUCCAGAGACCUCCGGCAGGUCGUGAUCCUAGGGUUAUAUGCGAACAUUGCGUGACAACCAAUGUUAAGAAAGCUCUGAAAGCUGAGCAUACUAAUCGAUUAAAGACAGCGUUUGUCAAAGCGCUGCAACAGGAACAGGAAAUAGAACAAAGGUUGGCGCAAGCAGCCUGUCCAAGCCCGGAUCCACCAGCUCCGAAACCAGUUCCUAAAGCAGCUACUCCGACAAGAAGAGUAGCAACACCACCAGCUCCCCCACCGCAGGUACCACCGGCACCUACGUUGGCGCCGACUCCACCGGCACCUAAGCUGCAAGAGCAUCCUUUGGUUAAAUUGGCCGAAAGUGGGAAGUUCAGUCCACACCAUGCUGCCGCUGCAGCUGCUUUGCAGCAACAGUUGCUCAGAGAGUUGGCGAAGAAUCCUGUGCCAGGUCUGCCGCCUCAUCAACCUCUUCCUGCUCAUAUGAUGCCACCGUUUACCUCGAUACUGUAUCCCUAUCAGCUGGCAAUGGCACAGGCCGGCGGUAAGGGUCUCGUGGAGCUACAACGGCAAGCAGCUGAUUUGCAACGCCAAUACUUGCUCGACAUGAUUCCGUCGCAAGCGUCUCAAGCACAAGGCAAUCAGGCUCCACCGCGGGCCCAUCCACACAAUUGGAAGACGUAACCAGACGCAUUUAAAGAUCAGACAGUAAAUGCAAACAAAUGAAACUGUAGAGCUGUGUUAGAGAGAAUAUCGAGAGGCCAAGAUACUCGUAUUCUUUUUCCACGACUUCGUACUAAAGGGGAUCUAAUGGAGUGUGGACAGUCACAACUUCAUGCACUUAGGAUAAAAUAUACCAAUCGUCGGAUUGGUAUCUUUAUUGCAAAGUGAAGCUCAAACCGGAUUAAUGGACGACAGACAAUUCUUAUACUAUUGUAAAAGAAAGGGAACUCUCAACCAUCAUUUCUGUGAAUAUUGCAUUGACGUGUGUGAGUGUGAAUUUAUUGUUACCCGGAAGGUUCGAGGCGUCGAUUGCCUCCGAGGAAGACAAGUUUUUUUUUAGUUAUCACGAUACAGGACUACCAUAAUGAGUUGUGGUUCCGAAAAGUAAAGUCCUUAUGAUUAUCGAAAGGCCCGGAAAAAAAACGAGAGGUUUGCGAUCGAUUGAUUUUUUUAGAGAGAGAGAGAGAGAGAGAGGGAGCAAUAUCUGUUUCUUUUCUCAUUACCCUGUGUUGGUAUCGACAGUACUGCAAAAGAAGGAGGAAACUAUAUAGGUGAAUAUGUCAAUCAGAUUUCAGUAGGUGUGUAUAAUAAUUUGGGACGCACACGAAUGAAUAUAAAAUUGCUUCAAUUACUACAUUACAUAUAAAAGAACCAAAUGGACAUUUUUUAUGGCACUAAGGACAGUUAAUAAGUGUUACGUGAUUAAUACGAAUUGGUUGAUCUAAUGAUAGUAGUGAUAAACGAAGACGCGAGAAACACGUGGAGCGGAGCAACAAUGUUUCGAAACGAAAUUGAAUGUUAACGGAAGGGUGGAAUUUUUGUUAGGGCCCUUAUAAUUAAGCCGACCUUUGUCGGUGGUUCGAAUGAUUUCUGCAACCAUCGGCGGUACCUGUACUCUGUGUAUAUCUCUUUAUUUUCUUCAAAACUGUGAGUAUUGUUAAGGUGAUUAUAACGCGUGUGUGAGAGGGAGAAAGAGAGAGGGAAAGAAAGAAAGAACGAGAGAGGGAGAGAGUUGUAGCUACGACAGAAAAAAACUGAUCUUUGUAAGAAAUCGUGUGCGUGUGUGCGUGUGUGUCAGUGAUAGUCAGCAAAAUGAAUGUGGGAAUGAUAGUAAUUUUUCUCUUUUUCUUUUCGUCGAGAUACAAGACGGAGAGUGAGCAUUCAGCAUGUUUUUAAAUUAGGGUGACACGAGUGUCAUUCGCGCACAAAUCGUGGUAGGAGAAUUCGUAAUAAUAAGGAUAAUAAGAGUAAUGGUAAGACUUUGGCUCACUUCGAUGCAGGAUGCUUUAGAAACGUGGAAACGAAGAAAGGGGAAUUAUUCGAUGAUCGAACGGUUCAGAUAUCUCUCUCUAUAUAUAUAUGUUAUAUAUAUAUAAGCAACUGAACGAAAGAAAGGAAACACUAUGGAUAUAUAAAUUAAUGGGAUAGCGCGAUUGAUUUCAUGUGUCACAUCGAUGUAAAAGUAUUUAAAACAACAAAAAAAAAUGGAAAUCUUAACUGGACAUAUGUAUCCGAAAGUUUUACCAAACCACUUCUAAGUGGCAAGAUGGCCGAAUUUUUACGAAAAUCCUCUCUAACCACAAAAAAGAUAAAAAAGGCAAAAAAAAAAGAAGAAAAGAUAAUUUGCACUUUGAAAAAAUUACAAAUCUCCGGCACACGAUCCCAGUAACACUUAUCACACAUACACACACAACAUACACACACCUACCACCCACCCAUACAAAUAAUCCGAUGAUUUUCAUUGAUUCCGGCUAACUGAUCUUGGUCCACAAACAUUCUUUCCGAAUCACUAAAUAAUAUAGUUAACUGUAGUCUUGAUAUUUCUCUCGGUAUAUGAUACAAGUUAAUAAACUAAAAAUAGCAUAAUCAUCUCUCUUUGUACUACGUGAUAGAUUUUCAACUCAAUACUUGAUAUAAACGAAUGUACCACCGUAAACGUAAACGUCUUACGAUCGCAUAAUAGAUCAAGAUCUGUGUUUUUUGUGUAAGGGGAAAGAAAAAUGAAGGAUCGAAGUAAAAAUAUCAUUGUCUACACGUUUAUCAUCGUUGCCAGGACGCUACCGCUGUUAUUAUCUCCCGUCGUAUUAAAAAGGAACAUGAGAAGGAAAGAGAAAAAAGCGGAUUUAUUUUAUUCGUAUUUAUUCGCGUGGACACAUAGGACUAGGGAGGACCGUAGUCUCUUUAUAGAUUCUAGCCAAUACGUUUGCAUGUAAUUACCAUAGACAUAGAAAUAUAAUUAAAAUUUGGAAAUACAAUUUUUAUGUCUAUGGUAAUUACAAUCACAGACGAAACAUGUGAAGUUAUUCCAUUUCUAUAUUCUAGUGGUUCUCGUAAAAUUUAGAAGAGAAACAGUGACAUGCACGUACGGAAUAUAUUUCGUUUCACGAUUUAUAAGUGAUUUUGGGGUUAAUUAUACUUUCAUCUAAUUUAUCUUAGAUACAAAUUUUCUAAUACACAGGGUCACAAUAAUGAGAAUUCAUAAUCGAUUUUCCAUUGAGUUCUGAGAGUUGCUAAUCAGAUGUAGCAUUAAUCACACACAUACGAGUGCUGUAUUUGCGUACAUUCAACGGUCCUCCCACGCCUCCCGUCGAAGCGUGGUUCAACAAUACCGAAAGAUGUGCAUCACUCGCACGACUGCUAUGAGUCCUCUGUAACCGUUAAGCGAGUUGUCGAUUCUGUUCUCGAAACGCGCAUCGUCUCUUAACGUGUCGGUUCAAUUGCAUUUUCCCGCAGACGCAACGAAAAAAAGGUCAGGGGAAAAGAAAACAAUCGGACAGAAAAAUCAACAGAAAUACGUUUCUUCCUAUCUUCCUUUCUAGUCUUGUCUUUCACCUCUGUGUGGUGCUGUUUAAGAGCUAAAGCACUUUUAAGUGCGAACGUAAUUUUAUAUUCUAAAAGAGAGCGAGCGAGAGAGAGAGAGAAAUGAAAAAGAAAAAAAAACAGUGUUUUUCGCUAAUAAAAAAAGAGGGGAACUUCUUCACCUGGGAAAUUUCACGCAGGGCGGUAGUGUGUAGAAGAGAAAAUGAUACGGGAAUUAGAGGAUAUCGAAAUUUUUCACACCCGACAAGCUAAAGCAAUACAGAAACUUCGAAUAUGGUGGAUUAGUAUUCUUAAGGUACUUUGGAGAAGCUGUGUGAACGAGAAAAAAAUACACGCGGUCCGAUAUUUC